AUUCCUAAUGUUGGCUCCAGCGGCUCCAGCUAAAGAUGUUGUCUCGGCAGAUGAAAAAGAAGAAAUCAUUGCGAAAAGAAAAUUUCGAAUGAAAAACGUUGAUGCUAUGCGAAUGUCAAGCUUGGCGAACGAUCGGAUGGCUUUCAACAAGAAAUGCAAUGCCCUAGCGAUGAAGUUUGUUAAAAGUGCCGGCAUUGGAACGGAUGCUCUGCAGCUCACAUGUUUCCAGGAGCUCGUCCGGCAUUUCAACCCAAUUGCCGCAGUUGUUGUUGGUGUCAAAAGAGAGCCAAACUCCAAUGUACAAGCUGAAAAAAAGACAAUUCCAAAAGUCAAGACAAUACAAACACCUACCCAGUCAAUGGAAUCUGUUCGAUUGCUCCAAGAGAAAAAAGCUUCAGCAACUGAAGAACAAUCAGCUGAGUCUGCUUCGAUCAUGAAGCAUUUUGCGAAUACAAUUCCAAACUCAACACCAACGCAAAGCGUGAAGGAUGUUCUGACGGCGGCUGCAAGCAAGGGACAAUUCAAAAGUAGCGCGGAAAUUUUUUCACACUUUCCAAGUGAACCCAGCCCCUCGAAACCCCGUGCCACACGAGAGGGAUCUCAACCGAGUGACUACACGUAUUGUACCUAUCUGACUCCGUGCAUACUCUGCGAGAAGGCUCUUUUAAUGCGAGAAAGCAUUGCAAUGACUGAUAACGAAGCUGUGAAAGUUUUGAUGGCGGCAGUGAUGUCUGGCCACUUUAGAAUGGCAACUGCAGAGAAAGCGAUUCGUCAUGAGAGGCUAAGGAUGUGCUAUGAUCAUGUUGAUUUUGUAUACGAAAUGAUGUGCGACGCCUUUGAAGCUAAAACGGAAAGCGAGAUCAAUGAGAUGCCACCGGACAGAUUGAUGCGUGGCCAUGAUAUCUAUAGAGCACUGAAGAGAGUCGGCGACCUGCACAAAGGGAAGGUUACGUCGAACACUCCGCUUUACUCAUUCAAGAAUUCCAUUAAAUCUUAUUACCGUAACCACGUGCCAAGGAUGGUCAAUGGGUCUCUCAGUAAACCGUCUCCCAAACCGUUCUCAGAGCUGGUUGCGCUUUUGCAAUCGGUGCCUCCAUCGACGAAUCUAAAUGAGUUGCUGAAUCAUAAUCUUAGCCUCAGUGAUGCUGAUAAGCAAGAACUCAUUCAACUCAUCAAUGGGAAAGAUAAUCGUUUCACAUCUCGGAGACGGAAAAUCGAGGAUAUUCUUGACAACAAGUUUGCUGCUGCAGCUGCAAAAGCUUAUCGAGAUCACAGUGAAGAUGCACCUAGUGAACCGUAUAUUCCCAAUCAAAGUGAGAUGCAGAACACUGUAGAACGCAGAAAGCGAAAGCUUCAUUCGCCUGAACAGGAUGAUGCUGGAUCAUCGAGUAUCUCAUGGAACGCAAAAAAAACGAAAACUCCAAUUGACUAUGUUCACCUAGCAACGCGUGUUUUGGAAGGUCAUUCAAUUGCCGACGAGGCGCUUUUGCACAAAUCCAAAGUUUCUUAUGCUCGUAAUGCAUUUGGUGAGAAGCCAAGCUCCCCCACUCCGCCAUCUGCGCCACUAAAGUUCUGUGUUGUCAAUGGAAAGAAAUACUUGCGUUUUGAAAACGGAACCGGACCUCCGAAAGUUGUAGUUCAAGGGAAUGUCGUUCUUCGCACUAAUACUCUUAAAGACGCAUUGACUACAGCGCCACGUGCACAAAACCAGCCUUCUACGUCCACAGACUCAUCAAGCUCAUCCGAGAUGGAGGGAAUACGUCAAUCAUUUGGGGCGCCUCAAAAGGAAGAAGAAGAAGAAGAAUUAGUACCUACGCUUCUUCAAAACAAACCUACCCACGUGGAAUCUUCGAGCCCCGUUGAAAAAAAACCACCAACCAAAACGAACGUAGAGAAACCAGCGGUCCGUCUAGGAAGAAUGUUAACGACUGCAUUUGGUUCAAUGAGUUACCGAACAAGAAAAUCGGUAGAGAAUAAAACGGAUCUCUUAAAUCAGCCAACAUCUGCCUCACCAAGACGCAUGAUUAAAGUUGUGAGAAACCGAAAUCCUCACCUUGCGAAACAAGUGGCCGCCGCACCGAGUGAGCCAAAACAUAUUCCGCCAACGCACAUGGAAAAGAAGCCGGAAGAGUUGCUCAUGGAUCCAAAGCCUGAGCCAAUUUUUUAAACGUUCUUGAUAACUUUGAUUAUUAUCUUUUUAGUUCAAUUUCAUGUUUUUUUUAAACUGUUUUUUUCUCAUCACAAUCGAUCUUAUAAAUAUGUUACUUGUU